AAUUUUCAGAUACGAAUUCAAAUCAGGCUACAAAAUACAAUGUUGUUUCUCUCUCCCUUUUUUGUUUGGCUGGCAAAAGAAAUAGUUGGGCCCGGUGUUCUGUUCAUCUAACCCUGAACCUGAACUCAACUGAACUUUCUGAAACCUUUCGAGAUCUGUGGGUUGCUGACAACAUCGCCGCCGCCACCAUAUCCCCAUACACAGCGACGGCAAGGUGGCAGCCACCGCUCACCGUCGCUCCCCGUCGCCGCCGCCGCCGCAACCCCUUGGGGCCCGGACACGCACGAGUGCCCUAAUCCCCAAAUCCAAGCAUCGCCGAGCCCGUACAUGCUCGCCAAGUUCCGGCCUCUCAUGGCGGCGGCACCGACGACGAAGUCCGCCCCGGCCGUGGCGUUCUCCACGGCGGCGGAGCGGGACGGCUACGCGCAGUACAACCACACCGACGCGUGCCAGCACCUCCGGUGGACUGCCAGGGAGAGCUACGAGUACAUGCACGCGCGGCCGUGGAGCAGGGUGGUCGACUUCUACGCCGAGCUCGUGCGCACCGGCGCCGGCGCGGCGGGGCUCGCCGAGCUGUUUCGGAAAGACGAGAUUUUCCUUCCGCAGACAGAUCAUCUUCGUGACACGAAUGGUGAGGAGCCUUUAGCAUCAUCUGAAAAACAAAUGUCUGUUAAAUCCUCCAAAGCCCGAGGAGGCAGGUGGGGAAGAGCAAACUUUAAGAUUGUUCUUUCAUAUCAUGGGGGGUCGUUUGAUGGUUGGCAGAAGCAGCCUGGCCUCAACACUGUUCAAGGGUUGGUGGAAAAACAUCUUGGACAAUUUGUCGACGAGAGAAAAGCUAAACAACUUCAAGAAAGAUCUUUGCCGGUAGAAGGCUGUGCCACUGUUGCUGGGCGCACUGACAAAGGGGUGACUGCUCUUCAGCAAGUCUGCUCAUUUUAUACGUGGAGGAAGGAUGUACAGCCUGGCGAUCUAAAAGACACAAUAAAUGAGGCUGCACCAGAUAAAAUCAAAUCUUUGGUCGUGUCAGAGGUCUCACGUGAAUUUCAUCCUAAUUUUUCAGCCAAAUGGAGGACAUACCUGUAUAUAUUUCCUCUUGAUGGGGAUGCUAAAUCAAUAUCAGAGGAUGAGCAAUCCUCUAUGAUACUAGAGAAUCCUGAAUACAAAGCACCUCGGAGCUUUGAUGUGGCCAAGGUUGACAAAAUCAUUAGGCAACUGGAAGGAAAAAUGCUAUCUUACAAAAUAUUUGCACGUGACACACAAGCUUCACGUAGCGAUGGCCCAGCUACCGAGUGUUUUAUGUUCCAUUCUCGAGCUGCAGUGACCAAACUGUAUUCUGCUGAUGAGAAUUGCAAAGAAGGCACGACGGUCAUGUGUGUUGAGCUAGUUGCGAACAGAUUCCUACGCAAGAUGGUUAGGGUUCUUGUUGCGACCAGCAUCAGAGAGGCCGCUGCUGGAGCCGAUGAAGACGCCUUGCUGAACCUGAUGGACGCCACGUGCAGGCGCGCAACGGCUCCCCCGGCGCCCGCGGAGGGCCUCUGCCUUGUAGACGUGGGCUAUGAAGAUUUCGACGAACAGAGGUGCUUCAUCAUUGACUAAACAAACUCUCCAUGCUAGGGCCAAAAGAACAACAUGCCCGAUUCUUCAGCAAGUGAAGAUCAAACCAGCCCGGUUCUGAUUUGCGGAUCCUACUCCUAUAUAUGUCUCAGACGUCGGUCUGACAUGCUUCUCAAUUGAAUUUUGGAGGUGGAGCUCAGAAAUAUUCCUAUUCC